AAGGUUGAGAAACACUGUUGUACAGGCUUAGAUGACCCACUGAGUUAUUGCUGGUCUUGGCAUUCUAGGUAGUCGUACUGUGGGUUUGUGCCUCGCGGUCUGAUUAUUUAGAAUCAGAAAUGUGGACUCGUGACUCACCCAGUUGUGUAGGAUUGGAGCCUUUUCUCUUGAGGUAGUGCUUGCUUUAAGAGCAUCUUGCAGUUCUGUCAACACUCACCCAGCCGUGUGGGGUUGAGAAACUGAAGUUCGUUGCUCAGCUGGGUGAAAUUGGGGUAGGGGGCAGGGGGGCUGUUUGCAGUGCUGUCUGGAAUGUGGCUGUAGGAGUGGCUCUAUCGAGCAGCACCUGGUACGGUGCAGUAUGCGUGCAUGCGUGCUCUAUGGGCCUCGGCUGAUCCGACAGGAGGAUCCAGCCUACCAAGUAGUUGGAAGAUCAAAGGUGGAGAAGUCCCCGGGCCGUUUAGCAUUCUCCCCUUGCCCUUCUGCCCUUCAGACUUUGCUUUCAGACUUGGACGGAGCAGAGCGGCUGAAGUGGGCAAAAUGGAGAUGUUUCUCCCGGCUUGGCUUUGAACAAUCUACACUUACAUACUGUGCGCACCUUUCCCAGCCUUUAGGAAGGGGGCGGGCAUAAUUGCUUCUCUCUGCAGCAAGGCUGUCUCCGCCUCCCGUCCAUUAGCCUCUGAUUAGCUGUGGGGUUGUUGCUUUUCAGUUGGGACUCGGGCAGCCCUUAGACCAAGCCAGACCUGUGGCCAGCUGGCUCGGCAUCCAUCGCCUGUUCCUGCUCCCUCCAACCAAGGGGGCUCCCAGGAGCUCUAGGCGCCAUCCCUCCCGUGCAUUGGGAGGGUCCCGGUUUGAAGUCUAAAUAGCGUUGCAGCAGCUUUGAAAUAAUUUCGAACGGGAGCUUUACCGAAUCCUACCUGGAGGUGUAGUCACUCUUCCGUGAAGCAAGUGCCUCAUCUCGCCUUGUUUUUAUAUAUUUAUUUGUUUGUUUGUUUGUUUGCCAGGUUGAAACCCCUCCUGUUUGUUCAGCAGGCACUAUCCUUCUGCUGAUGUUUGUAGGACACGCUUCCGCAGGAUUAACUGAACCAUGGUUUUCUCAAUUAACCUCAUUUGGGGUUUUGUACCACAGGCAGGCUGGGGUCCAUACAUCUGGCUCAGCUAAAAUUGGUGGGCUAGGCUAGUUUGUGGUUCCGUGUGUCAUGCAAAACUAGCUUCUGAGUCACACAUAGGUGUUCUUUGACCUGCCUCUCUGGAUCAGCCACUUGAAUCCCUUUCAUGCCUCCUGUUCCUGCCAGCCUCUUUUUUGCGAGCGUCUCGCGCCAAAGACGUAAUUUGGAUGAUGGUCUUCCAGGUAUUCUCAGUAGAACGGCUUUUUCCGCUUACUCUCUAGGCAAAAAUGGGCAAGGAGAGUGCUGGGGAAAAGCCGUUCUACUGAGAGUGAGGCAUGAGUUAGAUUGAGCCCAGGCCGGGAGCUUCUGAAAAGAGAGAAAUGGACAUGGACAGCCAGCCUGUCCCCCCCACCGGUCCUUCUUAACCAUCCCGUGUGUAACUCCUUAGUGAGGAACCCUGUAUCUCAGCUGGUUUAUUUUCUUUCUUUUGCAAUAAGAGGACCUCUGCUUCAGCUGCUGUCUUCUGCAUGCUGAAAUGAAUCCGGUUGAAAUCCGUUGCACCUUGUUCCAAAGGGAGAGAGGCAAACCCAAGCUGAAUCCCUGCAAAAGCGGCGGUGUGUUCAAUUCGGGGAGGGGUGUUGACACUUGGAAAAUAAUCAAGGACCUGGUUCGCUCCCCCCACCCCCCUGGCAGCCAGGAAAAGCUUCUUAACCUCCUCUUUCCUAGGUCCAGAACACUGGAGCUCCUCAGCUUUCCUCUGUUUUUUGUGCGGACACCGUCCAUGCCUUUCUUCCUGAAAGGAUCAGAUACACUGCGGCUCCGUGUGAGGAACAUCUGGCUGCCCUGACCUCUUGCUCAACCACGUGACUGACCCAAGGGAAAGAGGAGGAUCCAUGCGCACACAUGGCCACUUUUCCUUCCAGGCAGUGGGCAUUCCCGGGAGGUAGCAAAGGGGACACGUCUCGUUUUGGGAACCUUUUCCUGGAUAGCUCUCCCAGGAUAGGGAGAAAAGCUUUGGGAAGCUUUUCCUAGAUAGCUCUCCGUUGGGAUAGCUUCUCGGUGGCCUUGGUCCAGGGCAUCUCUGCAAAUUCCUUUGUGGAAGACUCUGUGCUUGGCGCCUCCCGUUCCUGCUGCCCCGCUCCCCCAGGAAACACACCAUAGGCUCCUUAGAAACAUGCUCUUGUGAUGCCCUAACCUUGUGCACCCAUGUGUUCACACGGGUGUGCAUGUGUGUUCUUCCCCCACCACGCUGCCCACCCCCUUUCAGAUGUUUGGAUUCUGCUCCGCUUGGGAGGGAUUCCUGCUCCUGCUGUUUUGCUGCUGUCUGGGAGUGCUUCUGUCUGGCUCAUUUCCCACAUCUUCCCUGGGAGACAAGAAAGAAAAAUGAACUCCGACAAUGUCCGUUUUUGUGGAUGUCCCGCUAACCCCGUCAUGUCUUCAAGAAGCCUGGAGCUGCUGAGGUGGCCUCCCCUUUCUGCUUCUGGCCUCACUGGUUGGGGUCUGCCAGGGACCCUGCCUUGUUCUGCCCCCAGCUGUCCUCGGGGUUCUGCUGGGGCUGGCGCCGCGCUGCACUUCCUCCGCCCGUGGCACUCUUCCCCGAUGCUGCUCCCCUCACCCCCAGCUUUCCCUUUCAUACGGCCUUCCCUCCACUCCCCUUCCAACCCCGCUGGGGCCUUGAGAAAGGACCACGUCAAGCGUCAGAGGGAAGGUCUCACUUGGAUCGCUCACCUUUCCCUAUUUUAUUUCUAUUUUUUGAGGUUUUGCAUUCUUGCAUAUAUAUCCUUUCUCCUGGGAAUUGAAAGAGGACUCACCAGAGGGGGCUCGUUUUAUCUUCACAAAAGAUAUUCCUGCAAGGUCAGUUGGGCUAAAAGAAUAGCCAGCCCAAAGCUGUCAAGUGGGCCCCAUCGCUCCCUGGAUUUCCUCAGGUCUGGUGCUAGAGCCGUUCCAAUGGUCUGGUUUUCUUUCAUUGUUUUAUUUACUAUAAUAAUAUACCUCACGUCUGCUCUGAACUAAUCAAGGAAAUGUGCGUGGUGCUCUCUUCGUCAUUCCUUUUUAUUUUUGCAGCAUCCCUGUGAGGUAGACUAGAGCAAGCAUUUUGAAUGCAGCAAAAUCAUCCCAUCCCAUCCCCAGCCUCUGUCUCCCUAGCCCUGGCCUGACGUCUGUAAACCGCCUUUAGCAUUCCCCAACCUGGUGCCCUCCAGACAUGCUCUACUACAAUGCCGGCCAUUCUCAGCUAGGGAGAAGGAAGUCUGUGUAAAGCCAUGGUGGGUCUCACUGGGUUUGAAUUCCUUGAGAGUCUCAAAGCAGCGCUGACUGUUCAUCUUGGGAGAGCUUGGCCCAAGGAACCUUAAUCUCUUCCCAGAGCAGCUCCAGAUUGCCAGUUGGGUUGACGGCUGGGAUCUUACAUGGCUAUCCUGUGAGCCUCUUGGAUGGCUUCUUCCUGAACGAGAGUUUCGCUUCAAGGAUGUGUGGUCCAAACGCAGUUACAGAUUUCCCAGGGCCUGUUUCAGCAUCAGAGGAUCUGGGAUCCCUUCGGUGUUCAGCUGGACUAUUUAUAUUUGUUCCCCGGCAGUUCUCUGUUUUGCUUCCAGCCUUCCCUGGAGGCGUAGCAGCAUCUCAUUGUAGCUGGAAGUGGUGCAAAUGCCCUUUGCUUUUGGAACUGCCCUUCCAACACCAACAAACAAGGGGGAACAGCAGCUCUAGAUUCUGAGCCUAACCGCGUGUGUUUAUUUUGCUGUUGCAGGCGGAGCCCCUGACUGAACCUGACGUGCUUGGCGUGGAGCGGCUGUCAUGAUCUCUGCGGCACCUCUCUACAGUGGGGUGCAUAACUGGACGGGUGCUGAACGGCUUCGUAUGUGCGGCCUCAACGAAGAAAGGAGAGCCCCGCUUUCUGAUGAAGAAUCUGACACCAGUAGUUCCCAGCACCUGGGCUCGCCUGAGUUCUGCAACAGCUUUUCCAAGGUGGAGAUCACAGCGGUUUCGGGAAGUGGCGGAGGUGCCGAAGGGUUUGAGCCGGAGGGCACCGUGGAGGAAGAACUCGGCCCCCAACCCCAGGAGCAGCCUCACGAGCCAGAUUGUGCUCAGCAGGCCUUGAAGGGUAGUGAUGCCAACCCUGGCAAGCUUAAAGAGCCUGAACCCCCCAAGCCGGAAAGCAGCAGCCUGGACUGCGUGUGGCCGUCUGCUAAGGAGGCGACAGAGGGGACCCCACUUUGCCCAAAGGCUCUGGAGAGUGAACAGAUGGGAAAAGAAAAGGGUCUCCCAGCGACUAGUGCCUCUGUAAACCCCAUAACUGCUACCGGCAGCAGCAGCUGCAACACUUUGCCCCCUGCCCCCACCACCUACACCUUGAAGAGCGUCUGUUUCUCAACAUCUCAGGCCCCUCCUAUGCAAAAAAUGUCCCUCUCCCUGCCGCCUGGAGCCGUCCUCGCCCCCAGCCAGCCGCUGGUUUACCUUCCUCCCCUUUCCAACACGCUCGGGGUCUCGCCCACGCUUGCCCUUCCAGUCUUAUCUUCCUUCCAACAAGACCCCUGCCUGCCCAGCCUUCUGGCCCCCUCGGAGCUUCGCCCAUAUCCAUAUGCUUUCUCCGUAGCCAGACCGUUGGCUGCUGACCCCAAAGCAACCUGCGUAGAGGCCGCUCAGUUAAACUGCCCUCCAUCUACCGGAGAAAACAGUAGCACCCCUGCGACGCCAGGCUCUGGCCCUCCUGCCAAUGGCCCAGAACUUGCCUCCAGUGCCCCUGCCUUGGCAGCCUCCUGUGCCAGCGCCGUGCCCCUCUCAGGUCCUGCCAGCGUGCUGCCCCGCGGCCCCGAGCGGCUUGCUGCGGGGGUCCUGGCUUCCAUCUCCCCGCUGAAAUCCCCCCCGCAGCUGGAACGCGAGAUGGUCUCCUCCCCAGAAUGCAGUGAGAUGCCUCUUGAUCUGUCCGCCAAAUCCAACCGCCAGAAGCUGCCGCCACCGAGCCAGCGCAAGACGCCUCCGAUGCCCGUGCUGACCCCAGUGCAUCCCAGCGGCAAAGCUCUGCUCACUCCAGUCUUCUCCAAGACCCAGCGAGUGGCUCAGGCAGCCGCCUCGCCCUUUGUCAUCUUCCCGGAGCUGCUGCGGAAUGGAGAACAAGGCACGUGGGUGAAGAACUCCACCACCUUCAUUGGCACCAUCCCAGGCACCUACAUGGGGGUGGCCAAUCCAGUGCCCGCAUCUGUCUUGUUGAGCAAGGAUUCUGGGGCCGACGUAAGCAGGGACUCCUGCCAUCUUCCAAAGCAGGAGCCCAUCUGCAUCAUUGAUCAGGGAGAGCCCCGAAGCGGUGGGCUGCCUUCGGGGAAGAAAGGUGGGGCAGAGGGCCAAGCAGACCCCACGAGACGCGCCCCAGCUGCUCAGCUGCGCCCUUCCAAGGAGCUGUCCCUUUGGAAUCCCAGCCAAGCAAACGUCUACUCCCGGUGUUCAGUCAACGGGAAGCCUGCAAGCCCUCAACUCCUGCCCAUAGGAUGGUCCCACUAUCACCCAGGUGCCCUGCUUUCCAUUGGCAUCUCAGCCACGGCACAGCUGCCCCCCAAUCAAGUCGGGCCCGCUAAGACCACUGGCCCUGGCGAACCAGCUGUGUUCCCUGCCGGGCAGCUGACAGAACCUACCCAGGCGGUCCAGAAACCACCUGAAGCCCCCUCCCAGGGCAAGGGUUGUAAGGCAGCCCUGCCCAGCACCGAGAGUCCUUUGUGUGUCUCACCAGCCCUCCAGACCAACCCACCUGAGGCAAAGGGCUCAAAGGGUCUUGAGCGACGAGAGACGGACUCGGCUGCCGAGAGCACGCUCCCCCCACCUGAAGCUCCCCUGGAGGGUUGUGGCCACAAGUACUCUGGAGACCCCAAAACUAAGAAUCCAUUCUUGACUGCACAUCUCCCCCAUGGCCUGCCCUUAGCAAGCCAGGCCAGCGUUCGGGUCACUGCUGAGUCGGCCUCUCCUGCAGAGCACCAGUGCAAAGAGCGGCGGGGAGACCCUUCCCGCAACCCGCUGAACGUAGAGGUCCCUCCCCGCCCGGUGCAUCAGGUAGACCUCAGCCGGAUCAAGAAGGAGCGAGUGGAGGCUGAACCCCCCUUCGCCUCUGCCACUUGCCUGCAUGCUGGGGCCACCUUGAGGGACCCUCCAAAGCCCAAGCUUAAGGGGAUGGCCCACAUCAAAGUAGAGGGAGGCUUCCCGUGCAAAUCCAAGCGGCACCACGAUGGGCCAGAUCGGCCAACCCAUAAGAAGCUGAAGAGCCGCGGGGGCGAGGAGUUGGGGGCUUCUUGCAAGACUAGCAGCCAGAAUCAGCACAGCCGCAAGUGGAGGAAGCAUCACAGUGACCUCCAUGAGAUCAAGCACGAAGGCCGGCUGGGCUGCAUGAAGGAGAGGGGCAGCCUCCGUGCCAAGCGCAAGCGCCGGAAGCUGUCGCCAGGCCACCGAGGGCACGGCUGCGAGGAAGCUUAUGUGGAGAAGAAGGCCAAGAACAAUUUCCGAGACUUCAUCCCCGUCGUGCUAAGCAGCCGGACGCGCAGCCAGUCAGGGAGCAUGGGGGGGUCUUCCACUAGCAUGCUCGGGGAGUGCGACGGAGCCGGGCAGGAGAUGGUGCCGCUGCUGGAGGAGGCGAACGAGGAUGACAAGCAGCUUUCCCUGAAGCAUCACCGGCUACGGAAGUCCCACCGCCUCUCCCCUCACUCCAGCUGCAAGGACCAAGAGCGGGGCCGGUCCCGGUCGGAAAGAGGCGUCUUCCACCCGAGUAAGAAUCAGCGACUGCUGUGGCAGGGGGAAGCCAGCAGGCAGCUGUGGAGCCGCAAGGAGGCAGAGGAGGAGAGCAGCCACGUCAAGAGGAAGAAAAGGAGGCGGCAGAAAAGUUGGAAGUACCAGACAGGAGAAUAUCUGAUUGAAAGGGACAAAGGAGAACACCUGAGCUGCUGUCACAAGAGGCGGAAAUCAAAAACAGACUUCAGGUACAGGAAGCACAAAAGCUCAGCCCUGGGCAAAGGCUCUCCAACCCUCCAAAGCCACCUGGGCUUUCAGAAUGGAUUCCUCCUGGAUCACUCCGAUGUUGCUCCAAUCCAAGAAGGGCUGGAGAAACCUUCCGGGAAACGCAAAUGCAAAACCAAACACCUGUCAGGCAUCUGCGAAGAGGGGAAGGCCAAGUCCCGCUCUCCAAAGAAAUCCCGGGAGCCCAGCCCAUUUGGCAAAUCUCGGCAGCACAGCUUGGAGAGGGCCCCCGAGACCCCCGCAAGUCCACCCGUGCCACCCGAAGCUCGACGUCUGAUUGUGAACAAAAACGCUGGAGAAACAUUGCUGCAGAGGGCGGCCCGGCUCGGGUAUAAGGACGUGGUAAUGUAUUGCCUGCAGAAAGCGAACAAUGAUGUCAACCACCGGGACAAUGCUGGGUACACAGCUCUGCAUGAGGCCUGUGCUCGGGGCUGGGUAGACAUCCUGCAGACGUUGCUGGAACACGGUGCAAAUGUGAACUGCAGUGCACAAGAUGGCACCAGGCCUGUCCAUGAUGCAGUGGCAAAUGACAACCUGAAGAUUUUGUGGCUCCUCCUCUCCUAUGGUGCUGACCCGACCUUGGCAACGUAUUCGGGGCAGACGGCCUUGAAGCUGGCCAGCAGUGAGGUGAUGAAAAACUUCCUGACCGAUUACCUCUUGGAUCUGCAGGGGCGAGCUGAAGGGGACCCCCAAACUGCCUGGGAUUUUUACAGCAGCUCUGUUCUAGAGGGGAAAGAAGAGAUCGGCUGCGACCUUCUACUUGACCCCCCCGGGGGCUCAGAUCGGGAUGAUGAGGAACGGGACACAGACCACUUAAUGUUUGAGUUCUCAGACAAGCCGCUGCUCCCCUGCUACAACCUGCAAGUUUCUGUCUCCCGGGGGCCCUGCAACUGGUUUCUCUUCUCGGAUGUCCUGAAGCGUCUGAAACUCUCCUCUCGCAUUUUCCAAGCUCGCUUCCCGCACUUUGAGGUGACGACUCUGCCCAAAGUAGAGUUCCAGCACCAGAUCUCGCUGAGCCAGGUCCUGGCUCCAGAAGAAAUCCAGGAAUACGUGUCCCCCCCUGCAGCUCCAGGUGCCGUAGAGACGGUAGAGCUGGUCCGCUACCAACCGGAGCUGGUCCGGCUGCUGGGCUCAGAAGUGGCAUUUGAAGCCUGGAGCAGCUGACGGGGGCCGGCCAGCCGGAGAACCCCCUCCACCGUCAGACUGCACUGCGAGGCAAUAAUGGACCAAUGAGGCGGCCUUCUUGAGGCCAAAGGGGGGGCACUGCCCACAGCCCUUCUACUGACUUGCAGCAGCUGGUUGCUCUCCUCCCGUUGGGGGGGAGGGCCAGAAGCUGCCUCCUCCCUCGCCCUGGACCUGAAGCUCGCUGCCCCCCCUUCCUGCAGGCCUUGGUGGUUUUGAAGUGGAACGCAUCUUCUCCCCGCCCCCACUAAACCCUGCCCCAAGUUCUUCCAGGGUAUUUAUUUAAUUAGUAUUUAAUUUGUGGUGUUCCUUUGAGGGGGGUGGGGAUUUCUGCUAGGUCUGUAUCACUGUGAUUCUUGGGAAGAGUUGCAGGGCGGGGGAGGGGUCUUCCUGUAGCCACCCCAUCCCUGCUGACCAGACUGCUGCUUCCUCUCACCUGGUUUUCAUGAAAUGUGAGGGGAGGAUGGAGUGCCCUGUAUCUCUCCCCCUUUCGUUUUGAGGGACAUCCCGUUUCUGUUGGGGGUGAUUCCCUCUUUGGCUCCCCCCUUCCCUUUUCCAGAAGAUCGUCUUGUCUCUGAUGUUUGGCCUGCUGUUUGGAGAGACGGACAGGAGACCGAAUCGGUAUGGAGCCAAAGGCAUUUCAGUAUUCUUGGCUAACUUUUCUCCUAGCCUCCUCCCCGCUUUUUAAAAAACCUCCCUUUGUUCAAUCAGUUCAGGUGGCAAGGCCAUCUUCAGUGAGGCAGUGGGGGGCAGGCAGUGGAAACACAUCCCAGCUUGGGGCAGGAAAGGGGCGGGGGGCAUAGAUGGUACAGUUUUAAUGUACAGGUGCUAACCAAGGACUGGACAAUCCAUUUACUGGCUCUCCCCUGUAACAGGAUGGGGUGUUUGGGUGCUUUUUCAUUCUUUUGUGUUGUGGUUCCCCCACCCCACCCCACCCCGCCUUCCCAGUUGGGGAGCUGCAUUUCCUUCUGCUUCUCUUUCCCCUCUUUCCAAGGAGGCUGCCUCUUCAAGCCCCCUCCCCAAUAAGCAAAACCUUUCUGUUUUUUUCCCUCUUCUCAUGUCAAGGCAUCGGCCUUUGGGUGUUUAUUCUGGCUGCUGGUUCCACCCUUUCUCUGAUUUGUUUUAUUCUUAAACAAUGCUUUGGUGUCAAAAACACUUAUGUACAGAAAAACCUGCAUCAGGGCCCCUGUCUCCCGUGUCAUUCUUGGGUUGGGUGUGUGGUCUUGCCAGAAAGUUUGGUGUGAGAGAGUGGCACCAUGGCUUCUCUUUGAGGGGGAAAGGACUCUGCCCAGCUGCACAGUGAGUCAGAAGGCAGAGGAUGGGCUGGGGUUACCCUGGUGAAGAGCAGCCUUCUGUAGCUAUAUCCCGGCUACAAAAAGAGCAUUGGGGAAAAGCAUUCUUCUUUUCUUGAUCAAACUCCAGCCUCCUUUUUCUACAAGCUGGUGUCAGGCCCAUAGUGGGUGGUGGGAAUGGGCAGGUAUGUCCAAGGAAUUGUGUUGAAUUUUGCAGGACAAAUAGAGAAGUGUGGAAGAGAAAUAUGUUGAAGGUAACAGGAGAAGAGUUGGACAAGGGAAUGGGACUAAUCCAUGCUUUCAACUUUCUUUUUCUUACAAAGGCAGUUUAUGCUUCUCCUAGUUGGUGCCUUCUAGACUGCUUGAACUCUGCCAUUCCCACCAGCCUAAUCAAAGCAGAUGGGAGCUGUAGUAAAAACAAUUGGAAGCUCCUGUUCAGAGCAGCCUCUAACUCUUUCUUGUUUCCUGCCUGUUCUUUAAAAGUGUCUAUUCCACAAAGGUGGCCAAGUUGGAAGUCAGAGCACCCCAGUGGGAAUUCAGCAGCCCCUGGCUGACCAUCUCUACCUCUCCUUUAAACGAUGCCAGAGCAGCCUCAGCUGCAGAUGUGCAAUUUUUAAGCGACCCUGCUGCAUUGGUUUCUAAGCAUCCAAACAUGCUAGUCAAUUGAAUUGCAGCAUCCUGGCGAUUUUUAAAAUA